AUGGCUUUUGUCGGCAGAUUGAGCAACCUGUUUACAUCAGUGCAAUCGUUUUACAAUGAACUGAAUCCUGCAACAUUGUCUGGAGCUGUCGACAUUGUCGUCGUUCAACAACCCGAUGGUGAAUUGGCUUGCUCCCCUUUCCAUGUACGCUUCGGCAAAUUAUCAUUACUCAUGCCACAAGAGAAAAAGGUGGUCAUCAAGGUCAAUGAUAGCGAGAUUGCGUAUCCCAUGAAACUAGGAGAGGCUGGCGAAGCAUUCUUUGUCUUUGAAACUGAGCAUGAGGUGCCUGAAGAGUUCCAGACAUCUCCUUUGAUGCAGGCUGCAGAUACAUCCAAACUUGGUAGUAGCAAUGAGGAACCACCUUACCUUGACAUUGGCGGUUCAAAAGAUGACACAACACAUCAACAAGCAACUACCACUGAGACGGAGAAAGACGACUUUGACGACCAUGAGCAAAAGGAUAAGCUACGAAUACCAGCUGAGUUGCAGUCGCCCAAGAUGAUUAUUGAGGAGCAAAUGGAUAAGGUGGUUACCAAGGUCGAUCCAUAUCACAAGAUGGAGCAUUUGGAACAUGAGACGGCAAAGCUAUCACUGGAUGAUGAAAAAACUCGACCUCAGCACGACACAUAUCCGAUGGGAGAUGGAUCCGUACUUCUUGAACGUGUGAUGCCUGAUGAAGCUGUCACCAGCACGACCAUUGCCAAGGAGACGUUUAUUGUACGACCUGCAAAUGGAGAUAUCAACAGCAAAUGGAUGGAUGUCACACAUAUACGUGAGGAUGAGAACACACUCCCACAAGAUACUACCAAACGUCCAGAGACAGCCCACGGCCAUGCUGAACAUGAGUCCAUUGUUCUUGAUAUCGCUGGUUACAAAACAGAGAAUGAACCCCACCCUAGUCGACCCGUGACACCUAGACCUGAAAAAGAACAGCUGCAAUUAGGAUCAUCACCACCACCAGCAUCGUCAUCGUUGGAGAAAGAAUCAUCCAGUGGCAACAACGAUAGCACCCAACCAGCUCAUGUCGUUGAACUUGCUAGUAACAAAGGGCCCAACAAGAAUGAGAAUGACACCACGCGACUUGAAAAGGAUGAUAGCAGCAAUAAGGACGCGACGUUGGAUACAAAGUUGCAGCUGGAACCUGGUGCCAUAUAUCGAGUCGAGAUGAGUUUAUGUGGAUUGUCAUCUUUUGGUCGCGAGGAAAAGGAAAAUGGCAACAUCUUUAAUGAGCAACAAAUCACCUACAGCGACUUUGUACACAAUCCCAAUAUUCUCAAUGAUCGACGUUUGGUAUUUCGAUACAAAGGAAGAUAUUUUGGUGCUACGCGAAAAGGGCCCUUGUUUAUAUCCUUGUUUCUAUUCCAUGAGCCAUUGGAUCAAGAAAAGAAAGACGAGUUGCAGAAUCAAGAGGAAGCUGGCGAUGAAGCCGAUAGUCGAGAAUCCUAUCUAUUUGGACGUGGAUGGCGUCAAUGGUGGAGUCGAUCUUCGGUCACAGAUACAGGUGGUGGUGGUGGUGAUGGUGUUACGCAAGAUGAAUCUCUUGGCAAUAAGGAUGAUGAAACAACGACACGCUUUACAACCAUGACAAUGACAACCUCUGUUGGAUGGAAUGUGGAUCAAGAAGGCGAGCAAAAUGGAUCAGUGUUUCCUGCACCACAUAAGAAUUAUGCAAAGACGCUUCGAUUGACAUCGGAUCAACUCAAAACAUUGGGCUUGAAAAAGGGAUCCAACACCAUCACCUAUGAAGUGAGUUCCGAAUACCAAGGCACAGCAAUUUGCACGGCCAAGAUCUUUUAUUGGGACUAUGACAUCCAAAUAGUCAUAUCCGAUAUUGAUGGCACGAUCACUAAAUCGGAUGCAUUGGGCCAUGUGUUUACAAUGAUUGGCAAGGAUUGGACCCACAAUGGAGUGGCAAAGUUGUACACGGAUAUUCUCAACAAUGGAUAUCACAUUCUGUAUUUGACGAGCCGUGCUAUUGGGCAAGCUGAUUACACGAGGGAUUAUUUACGACGAGUCGAGCAGGACAAGCACCAGCUACCCGAAGGUCCUGUGAUCAUGUCACCCGAUCGAUUAUUUACAUCCUUCCAUCGCGAGGUUAUUAUGCGUAAACCCGAAGUGUUCAAAAUGGCAUGUUUGCGUGAUAUCUUGCGUCUCUUUGGUGGACAUAAUCCAUUCUAUGCUGGUUUCGGCAAUCGUAUUACAGACGCUAUUUCGUAUCGCAGCGUCAAUGUUCCCGCUUCACGCAUUUUUACCAUUGAUCCUAACGGCGAUGUCAAAUUGGAGCUGUUACUUGGAUUUCUAUCAUCGUACAUUCAUCUCAAUGACCUUGUCGAUCAAAUCUUUCCACCUAUAAAUCGUGCGAUUACUGAAGAAUUCAGCGAUUGGAAUUACUGGAAACAACCCUUGCCAGAAAUCAACAUCCCUGAGCUCAAUGAGGAUGCACCACCCACACCCACAUCGCCCAAACCAGUGCCUAUCAAACCAGAUCCAUCAGCAGCGUUGCCUAGUGAAACAGUAGUGGAAUCGGAUGCACAAAAAAGGAAACAACGCGGUAUCCUAAGGAGCUUUACAUCACGAUCCAACAGCACGGAUACAUCGUCAUCGAGAUUGGCUGCCAUGGGAACGUAUUCAAGCUCAUCCCCAUCGUUAUUGAGUUAUCGACGCAUGUCAACCAGUAGCGGUGGAAGGACAAGUCCCGAUUCAAUGAGAGGAGCAGAUUUAUCUGAAACGCCACACUCCCCCGACAAUGGCCUACUAUCCUCGUCGCCUCCUUUAGCAUCAUCUCCUCCCACAUCAGGCCGUGUAUCACCUGCUCCUUCAAGUGCAUCUUCAUCCUCUAGCCUUGUCAACAAAAUGUUCACUGGUAGUCUUGGUGGUGUACGCAACACUUUAUCACGCACGUUUGCAACUCGCAAGUCCUCUCUAUCAGAAACUUACAAUACCACCUUACCCAAUGAUGAUGAUGAUGAUGUCGAGGAUCCAAGUGCUACUACUACGACUACGACAAGCGAUAAUAAGAAGGAAGGAAAAAAGGGCAACGAACCAGAAUUCAAGUUUGACAUGGAAGACGAGGAGGACAUUGAUAUGGAUAGCAUUCCCUUUAUUUGA